UGGAAAUGAUAAAAAGAGUAAUGAAGAACGGGCCAGGUCUAUUAAACUUCCGCACGUGAAAGUGAAUUUCAAUACUUUUUUGUUCUUUGAUUACCUUGUCUUUUCCUUUCUUUUUUUUUUUCUUUUACAAAGUCAUCAAAACCAAUAUGACGAGAUUAGAGAACGACCUGCAUUCUCGUAUUCUACUUGGUUUAGCUGAAGUCCUCGCCGAUUCUCGUUCAAAAGCUACUACAAAUGAAGUAGAAAAAUUAGUUUCAAAGUGUCCUAUUGUUCCUUUGGAUAUUCCUGAUGAUGAUAACAUUUAUAUUCGUGGUUCUAUUCCUAGCGUGGGUACAAUGACUCGACGUAGCCAGCAAACUUUGACAGCAUUGGUGAAAUAUGUUACUCAAGCAACAGAAGAAAGACAAUUGGAACUUUUACCUCGACUUUUAUCCUAUAUUCGACAUUUAUCUGUAUAUGAUUGGGAACCUGUUACUCUCACUCGUGGUCCUCCUCCUUCUGAUGGUAUUACUUAUAGUUUGGUAUCUGGUUUAUUGGAAAUCUCUUACAAGUGUCCUUCUGUAUAUGAACGUAUUACCAGUAUUCUUUGGAAAUAUGCAGAAGCCCUUAUGCAGCAAUUAUCUAGCAAUGUCGAGUUCACCAUUACAUUCAUUUUACCAUCUUUGGCUGGUCUGUCUCGUGCGUUACAACUUAGUCCCUAUUUGUAUCGAAGCAAUCAAUUAUUAAUAUUAUGUACUAAUACACAAUCAUUGAUUCAAGAUACUGUGCUGGAACAAAUUGCUACUUCAAUUCAAACAUGUCUCAAAGAUCAUGAUGUAUCUGGUUAUGGGCGCCGUGUUUUAGCUCGCUAUUGGGAAGAUGGAAUGCCACUCAGCAGCAACCGUGUUGUGUAUGACUUGCUCAUUGUUCUUCGAAAUGUUACCGCUCGCGUCCUUGCUCAAGCUGAUCCAUCCAAUAAUGAACCAUCUACUCCAUCAGUUUUGGUUGGAAAAACUCGCAAAUCUCACUGGACUGACACUAUUGAUACUGCCUGGUCUGCUUUGAUGAAAAAACCUUUUGAUACCUCUAACAAGAACCAAGAAUUGAAUCACAGCUUACGAUCUGUUUAUGUCAUGAGCUCAGGUUAUUAUGAAGAUGUCCGAAAGUUUGCUGAAAAUCAAGAUCAAAAUGACAACAAAUGGGCUACGGAUGGUUAUAUGCAAGAAAUUAUGGGUACCAGUUUGCAUGUGGCGGCAUUGUCUUCUGUUUAUCUACAUGAAAUGGAUGACCAACUUGUAGACCAUAUCUCUGAAUGUCUAUUUACUGUCCCUAAAAUUCCUGAUGCUUGGAUUCAAGUGGCUGCUCUGGAUGCUGCAGUUCUUCUCUCCAUCAACUUCCCAUAUAUGAACAAUAAUAUGAUCAACAGUAUUUCUCGGUUUUUGGCUACACCUUCUCCAGUCUUUGAACUCUAUGCAAGUGAUAUUAGUGUUCAACAAUAUGCUGUUAUCCGUCUGGCACAAUGUGUACAAUCGAAACCUCAAGCUCAAAUGUCUCAAGCUGCCAUAUCCACCUUGUAUGCCUUGCUGAAUGAAAUUACUCGAUACAGUGGUGAUGAUGGAAAUGAAACGGGUCAUCAUGCUAUUUCUGGUGCUCCUGCUGCAGAACAAUUGAAUGAAAAACAGAAACAACAAGUGUGCACCAAUGCUCUUUCUGCUAUUGUGGGUGUUGCUGUUUAUUUGAAGGAUGAAGCGAUUAUGACUCAAGCUCUAUCCAUGCUUUUACUUCGACGCAAAUCAUUGUCUGUUGCUUCCAUUUCAUCCCUUACUUCUCGUCUUGUGGACCUUGCUCUGGUGGCUCCUGCCAAGGUAUUUGAAGAUAUUCUGAACAUGUUUUCCAAUCUUAGUCGUGAAUCACUAGCCAUUGAUAAUAAGCAACUUUCUUCAUCGAUUCAAAACGCAAUGCACGAUCUAGCUGUUAGAUUGUCAUCAAGACCUGAAUUUUAUCAAACCUAUUUUAGUAGUUUGUUAACUCUUUUUGUGGAAAAUGGCAACGCUAUACAACGUAUCAUGGCAAAGGACAAAAAAUCAUCCGAUCUUCCUCUCAUAUCGAAACUUGGAACUCUCCGUCCUGCGCUUCAAGCUUUAUUGUCCCAUCCUGAUUUUGAACCUCAUAUUGGAUGUAGUGCUGAAACUGUCUCUCUUUUCCGCAACAUGUGGUUCCUUUGUGUCGUAUUUGGAUUUGUGACUGAAUCUAUGUGGAUUCGCGAAUGGAAUGAAUCUUUGCAAGUAAUAGCGAAGAAAACUCCUGUACUUGUGAUUGAAAGUGCUACAAAUUAUUUGGAAAGUGACUUGGAAUACAACUCUGUUCUUCGUGGUGGAUCAGUGGAUAUGGAUGUCGGGACAAUGCGACAAAAACUUUUGAUGGUGCUACCCUCCUUAUCCUAUGAUGUUAAGACCUUCUCGUAUGCUCAACUGGUUUUUGCCCUAAGUGUUUACCACGUGGAAAUGAUGCGCAGCAAGAUGGGUGAUUGUAGCUUUGUCUUACGUUAUUUUAUGAAUGAUGGAGUUAGUACUAGCUCAUUGGCAAAUUGUCUGGAAACCAUUGCUGAACGUGUGGCAAAUGCUUUUACAAAGGAUUCGGCAAACAAGGCUGCUACUCAAACUUUGGAAGGUGAUCUUCGAAAACAAGUAGCUGUGUUAUUGGAACUCUGUUGUCAUCGAUUGUCCAAAGUGCAUCAAUUAGCAAUCAAAACAACUGAUCGAAUUGUUACUUCAUUCCCUCAAGCUUUUGCGGAUAAACAUCUGAUCACUUUACUAUUGGAACUGGUGCAAUUACUCUGGCUCAGUUGUGAAGCAGAAUAUCGUGAUGAAUAUUCACCUGUGUAUCAAUUUUCUUCGUCUCGUCUUCCUGGUGGUAUUACUAUUGAACUUGGUGACAGUUUUACUUAUCGCAAGGAAAUCUGUACUCAAUUCUAUGAAAGCGCAAGGAAAUGGUUGCAUCUUGCUGUGGAUCGUGCUCCUUUAGAAAUUUCUGGACUUCUUCAAAGCUAUCUUGCCGGUUUUGAUCGUUUUAGUUCGAACACCCCGCUCGAUGUUGGUCAUUUAGGUCGGUCUCUUGCUCUGGAUGUUGGAAAAGCUACAACAAAGAAUCAUCAUUCAAACGAAUUUAUUCCCAAGGUGCCAUCCAUUCAUCCUGAUAUUGCUUCCAGUUUUGUUAGUGGGUUUACUUCUCGUCGAUUCUAUGCUGGUGAAAUUAGUGGUGUAGAAUAUCUCUAUGAUCUGAAUGAACAACCAGGCAACUCAGGUUCAGAUGCUAUGGAAAAACAAGUUGGAUACGUUCUCAAAGCUUUAGAAACCUUGGCUGAAGAUAUUAAGCAAACUCGUGACGUUUCGGUAGAGCGAUUGAACAGUACUUUACAUCGUGCUGCUGGAUUCACUAUUGCUUUACCGCAUGUUCAUCCUGAUUUGAUUCGAUAUUUGGUACGUAUUCCUGUCUUAUUAUUUACUCCUGAAUCUUUGGAACUUGGUACUUCUGUUUGGACUUGGAUAUUGGUUGAACGUCCUGAAAUUGAAAAUCGUUUGAUGGUGGAAAUGUUAGGUAUGUGGAGUUGGGCUCAACGUCAUCGCAAAGGUCUAUUCUCACCAGUUCUCAAUGUGAAACAUCCUUUUGUUAGCAAGAUGACUUAUGCUCCAUCGGACAAGGCUAUCCGUGACAAUACUAUACGUGUAGCUUCCUUCUUAUUUUCACCUCAUGUCACUUGGAUCAAAUUCCUCAGUAGUAGAUUUUAUGCCAUUCGUCAUCGAAGCAAACAUCUUGUCAACAUGUUUAUUCGUUUAUUGCAGGAAUCAUUCCAAAAUGCUCAUUUGAUGAGUACUCACUCUUUGGCCUGUUAUUCUCGAUUCCAAUUACUUCGUCUUGGUUUGAAAAUGUUACAAUCUUGUCGAAUGGAAGCUCUAGCUGAACACAAGUUCCGUUCUCUUGUUUAUGAUGCUGCUUUUAACUGGUUUAGCUUGACUCCCAAAUGGCAUUAUGGAUCCCGCAAGAGUCAAGCAUUGAUGUUAUAUAAAUUAUUGAAUGACUUUUAUACCGCCAUUAGUAAUGAUACACCAAACCUCAGUUACCUUGUUACCAGCUCACCUUUGAAGAAUAAUGCUACAAGUACGUCAAAAAUUGGCGCUGGACUCUAUAUGUUUUUGAACGACAAAACCAAGGACGAUGUGAUUCGACAACAUCAUCUAGCUAAAAAGUUACUUAUGCUCUUUGUUGAAAGUGAAUUGACUCGUUUGUCUGUGUGGUGUAAUCCUUUGAAUGCAACUGGUCAUGGUUUACCUUCAGUGUUUACUGGAAAUACCGAACGCUCCUUGGUGAUGGAAGAUUCUUGGAAGGAAAUGAUCCGUUUUGCUUGGGAAGUUUCUCCUCGUUUAGCUGUUCAAAUGGAUACUCGAUUUGUACUCCCUGUGGUUCAUCGUGAACUUCAUCGUUUGAUUGCCAAUAAUUCCUUGGAUGUUGUGGAUGUUCCUGAAGCUUUGAUUAUUUUACUUGGUGAUCGCUUGGUACCAAACGCCAAACUAGAUUUGAAGUAUUUACAAUAUUGGGCUCCUGUGCCAGCUAUCACUGCCGCCAAUUACUUUUUACCUGCUUUCAAUAAUCAUCCUUUGAUCUUACAAUAUGCUAUGAGAAGUUUGGAAUAUUAUCCUGUGGAUACGGUAUUCUUUUAUAUUCCUCAAAUUGUACAAGCGCUACGUUACGAUGAAAUGGGAUAUGUUGAAAAGUACAUUAUGGAAGCGGGUCAAGUUUCUCAAUUGUUUGCUCAUCAACUUAUUUGGAAUAUGAAGGCCAACUUUUUUGUGGAUGCUGAUAAGGAUUGUCUUAAGCCUGAUGCUCUCAAGCCUACUUUGGAACGUGUUAUCGACAAUUUGGUAGCCUCCUUUACUGGUGCAGAUCGUGCAUUUUAUGAACGUGAAUUCAAAUUUUUCAAUGAAGUCACUGGUAUAUCUGGAUAUCUCAAGGAAUAUAUUAAAUAUGGUCAAACAGAAAAGAAACCAAUGCAAAAGAAACGUUUGGAUGAGGAAUUGGCCAAAGUUCAAGUGGAUGUUGGUGUAUACUUGCCUUCCAAUCCUGAUGGUCAUGUUGUGGAUAUCAAUCGUACUUCUGGUAGACCUCUUCAAUCUCAUGCUAAAGCACCUUUCAUGGCUACUUUCAAGGUAGAAAAGGAAGUGGAAGAUACGGAAAAGAUGCGACAAGCUUUGAUGCGAGGUGAACAAGGUGUAGUGCACAAGCAAACCAUUCAAACAUGGCAAGGUGCCAUUUUCAAGGUUGGUGACGAUUGUCGUCAAGACGUACUAGCUCUUCAGUUGAUUGCAGUCUUCAAAAACAUCUUUACAAGUGUUGGCUUAGAUCUCUAUGUAUAUCCUUAUCGUGUAGUUGCUACGGCGCCUGGUAAUGGUGUGAUUGAUGUCUUACCCAACUCUAUUUCUCGUGAUCAACUUGGUCGUGAACGUGUCAACAGUUUAUUUGAUUAUUUUGUCGCCAAAUAUGGUUCUCCUGAUUCUAUUGCUUUCCAACGUGCUCGUAUCAAUUUUGUUCAAUCUGUGGCUGCAUACUCUUUGAUUUCGUAUUUACUUCAAUUCAAGGAUCGACAUAAUGGUAACAUUAUGUUGGAUGAUGAUGGACAUAUUAUUCAUAUUGAUUUCGGAUUUAUCUUUGAUAUUGCUCCUGGUGGUGGCAUUCUCGAAAGCUCACCUUUCAAGUUGACAGCUGAAAUGAUUCAAGUGAUGGGUGGUGGAUCUCAAGAACAAGCCUUCAAACACUUUUCGGAACUGAUGAUCAAAUCUUAUUUGGCCUGUCGUCCUUAUGCUGAAUAUAUCAUGCAGUUAGUCACUCUCAUGCUUGAAUCUGGUCUUCCAUGUUUCAAGGGUGAAACAAUUAAACGUAUGCGAUCUCGAUUCCAGGUGGAUAAGACUGAACGACAAGCUUCCGAUUUUAUUAUGAUGCGUAUUAGGGAUUCCUUUGAAAAUCAACGCACUGUUCUUUAUGAUUACUUCCAAAAAUUGACCAAUGGUAUUCCGUAUUAGUUAAUGAUUGUUGGACACGUAGACCAUAUAGUCAUAUAUUGAUCAAUAAAAUCUUUCUUUUUGGUAUCGAAUAUUCAAGUGGUUUAGUAGACGUGUGUAUAUGGCAAAUGAUGGAUGAUAGAUUCUACACGAUGGGAUGGUAGGAUGAUGGGGAUGUUAGGCUUUAUAUGCUAAGUGAUAGAUUCUGAGAGAUGGAUAACAGAUUCUGAAUUGAUGGAUCAUCUUGGAAAAAAAAUGAUUAGACGUUACAAGGUUGAAGUACAGGACGAAUCGAGUUUUUUUUUUAUACAGACACGAUACAUGCAUAAAUAUCAGGUUAUUAUAAAUAGAGAGUACUAUACUACAGCAGUAAAU